CUCCUUGCGCCGCCUGGCGGCUACUUCUGGAAACAGAGCGCCUUCCAGCUUCGGGGUCCUGGCUGCGGCCAGGCCUGUCCAAGGAUUUGCCUAAUUCUAGAGAACUUGUCUCCGCCCCUCCCCACUACCCAGUGAGGAUUUUAGGACGGCGAUGAAAGGGCUGAGGUUAAGGCGAAGGGGGCAGCCCGUCCACCCCCUCAAGGAUGAUGGAGUCAGGCGGUUCUGGGACAGCUUGCGACCCGGAAGUCACCGCCGGCGCGAGGUCCCCGUUGCCGAGCGCGGGCGCGCGGGGCGGAGCUUGGCGGAGACGGGGAAGGGGUCGCCGCGGCUGCCGCUCUUCGAGUUGGCGGCUCCCUCGGGGGCCGGUAGGCAGGCGUCGAGUCGGCAGGGCGCGCGGCUGCGGUCCCCGGGUGACACGCUCAGCAGCGGCCAGUGGCGACAUGAGUGCUGCGGGGCUGUUGGCUCCGGCUCCGGCCCCGGCUGGAGCGCCGCCGGCCCCGGAGUACUACCCGGAGGAGGACGAAGAGCUGGAGAGCGCCGAGGACGACGAGCGCAGCUGCCGGGGCCGAGAGUCCGACGAAGACACUGAGGACGCUAGUGAAACUGACCUGGCAAAGCAUGAUGAAGAAGACUAUGUAGAAAUGAAGGAACAGAUGUAUCAGGAUAAACUGGCUUCUCUCAAGAGACAGUUGCAACAACUUCAGGAAGGUACGUUACAGGAAUAUCAGAAGAGGAUGAAAAAACUAGAUCAGCAGUACAAAGAGAGGAUUCGAAACGCAGAACUCUUCCUCCAGCUGGAAACCGAACAGGUGGAAAGAAACUACAUCAAAGAAAAGAAGGCCGCGGUGAAAGAAUUUGAAGACAAGAAGGUGGAGCUGAAAGAGAACUUGAUUGCUGAGCUGGAAGAGAAGAAGAAAAUGAUCGAAAACGAAAAGCUAACGAUGGAGCUGACUGGAGAUUCUAUGGAAGUGAAACCCAUCAUGACCAGAAAGUUGCGGAGGCGACCAAAUGAUCCUGUCCCCAUCCCAGACAAGAGGAGAAAACCUGCUCCUGCCCAGCUAAACUAUUUGUUAACAGAUGAACAGAUCAUGGAGGAUCUGAGAACGUUAAAUAAGCUUAAGUCACCCAAGAGACCAGCGUCCCCGUCCUCUCCUGAACACUUGCCUGCCACGCCGGCAGAGUCUCCAGCCCAGAGAUUUGAAGCUCGGAUAGAAGAUGGGAAACUGUACUAUGAUAAAAGAUGGUACCACAAGAGCCAAGCCAUCUAUCUGGAGUCAAAGGACAACCAGAAGCUGAGCUGUGUGAUCAGCUCUGUCGGAGCCAAUGAGAUCUGGGUGAGGAAGACUAGUGACAGCACCAAGAUGAGGAUCUAUUUGGGCCAGCUUCAGCGCGGGCUCUUCGUGAUCCGCCGGAGAUCACUCUCUUCCUGCCUGCCUUUCUUGUCAUCUCUGAAGUAAGCAGGGAAGGGUAGGAGCCAUUGAACUGGUUUCUAAAAAUGUAGAUGGAGAGCUGGACACGCUACAUCUUGCUGCUCUCUGGAUGUCGGUGGACCUUUUCAUGUCGUGUCCUGCUGUAGAGCCACUGAAUGAAAGAACACACCAGUUCAAUGUCACCUGCUUCAGACUGUCUGCUCAGCUCCAACCAGCAGCCUGCGUAACCACCAAAGCCAGGGUUUGCAGUCUUUGGAGAGAGGCAGGAAUGAAACCAAUUUCUGGUCUCUUCUGCUAGUGUUAGAGAUGCCCCACAUCUAUCUUUGGUAAAGCUAAGCACCUUCUCUGCUUUUAAAAAGACAGUAGAUGGAAUGCUCUAGAAACAUGGGCACCAGCUCACUCUCUUUGGACAUAAUGACAUGAUGAGAAAUAUAUUAGCUUUAGGAAUUUUAGUGUUUACCAGAGUAGGUAUUUUUGUGAAUAGCUAUGAUUAUUAAGACGAAAAGAUAUGUAUGUUCAGAAGGAUCCCUGGGGGAGUGAGGGAGGUAAGAUACAGCAUAGGUACCUAGACACUUAAUCCCUUUACCCAUUUUCCCUAAUCUGUGUUUGCUCAAUUCUCUGAAAGAUACAGAUCUCUAAAAUGACAAAAUUCACUUUACUGAUACGAGAAGACCAAUAAUCAGAAUCUGAAAGAUUCUCUCCCCUGUUUCUCAAAAGUUGGAGACUCAGCGGUGUGCUCUGUUUUUCUGCAGCCUGAUGCUCCUGUCUGUCGGCAUCACCUGUCUGCCUGCCGAUGGGGUGAAUGGGUGUGGGGUCAAAGUAGGUGAGAUUAGGGGCACCUGGGUGGCUCAGUCGGUUAAAGCAUCCGACUUUGGCUCAGGUCAUGAUCUCAUGGUCCAUGAGUUCCAGCCCCGUGUCGGGCUCUG